CCCUCCAUCUUGUUGUGUGUGGCUUCAUUCGUUCUCUCUCUGCAAAUCCGCCAUUGUCGUCUCCUUGUCUCCCUCUUCCGGGAGACUGAUCUCCAUCUCUCUCUCUCUCUCUGCAUUAUUCCGCCCUAAAUCUAAUUUCCCACCAUUCUUUUUUCUCCUUUUUUCGCAAAAUUUUUCCUUCCCCUUUUUUAUUUUUCAUUUCUGUUCUCUUUCCCGUUUGAUUUGGGGGUCGCCGAUAAUUAAAAUGGAGAACGGCGUGUCCGAAGAUCUCUCAGAUUCAAUUCAGCGACCAGAAUCCUCCGACAAUGACCAGCGUGUUUACUUCGUCCCUCUCAGGUGGUGGAAGGAGACGAAUGAUUCUGUUGCCGAGGAGGAAUCGGAUGGGAAGAAAGGGGUUUUGUACACAGCGGCUCAGGCGUCGUCUUCAUAUGCGAGUCCUAUGAAGCUGAUAAACACCAUGUUCAGCUCGGAUCUUUUGCUCAAUCUGCGGGGAGAAGAGGAUGGUUCAUCGCCCAAUGGCUGCGAGAAUAAUGAAGUGGGUGUAUCCGGGAGGGACUUCGCCUUGGUGUCCGGGGAAAUGUGGGUGAAGGCACUUAAAUGGCAUAGUGAUGCUAAGUUAUCGACAAAGAAAACAAAGACAUUUCUAGCUGCAGAAGAUGACAUGUCCGAUGUGUAUCCUUUGCUACUCAGACUCUCGGUACAACCAGAAAGCAGUUCUUUGGGAGUGAAAAUUACCAAAAAGGACAAUGGGCCUGAAUUUUUCAGAAGAGCAAAUAAGAUCUUCACUGCAGAUUCUGAGAUGUUGCGGAUUUGGGACUUUUCUGAACAGACAGCUCUACUUUCCAUGCUUGGCCAAUGUAGAUCUCCAAAAGAUAGUCCGCGACAGUCAGAUGAGGAGGUUAUCCUGGAACUACAAGUAUAUGGGUUAUCUGAUAACACAAAGUCUAGAGAAGGGAAAAAUGGGGCUGCACAAUAUUCGAAUGGGACAUAUUCUUCUGCUCCACUCAUGAAUGGUAUGAAUGGUAGCGUGUCCACUGGCAUGUUUCGUAGUAGCUCUGCCAUCUUUGGAAGAUCCAGUGAAGUUGGUUCAUUGGGUUUGACGGGAUUGCAGAAUCUUGGAAAUACUUGCUUCAUGAAUAGUGCCAUCCAGUGCUUGGCACACACGCCAAAGCUUGUAGACUAUUUCCUUGGAGAUUAUUGUAGAGAAAUAAAUCACCACAAUCCUCUGGGAAUGGAUGGUGAGAUAGCCUUAGCUUUUGGAGAGUUGAUACGAAAACUAUGGGCACCUGGAGCAGGGUCGGUGAAUCCAAAAACAUUCAAGUCAAAGCUGGGUCGAUUUGCUCCUCAAUUCAGUGGCUUCAAUCAACAUGAUUCUCAGGAGCUUCUUGCUUUUUUAUUGGAUGGCCUUCAUGAAGAUCUUAAUCGUGUGAAAUCCAAGCCGUAUGUUGAAGCCAAGGAUGGAGAUGGACGACCAGAUUCAGAAGUAGCUGAUGAGUAUUGGCGCAAUCAUCUGGCUCGCAAUGAUUCCAUUAUUGUUGAUAUUUGUCAAGGACAAUAUAAAUCAACAUUAGUUUGCCCUAUAUGCAAAAAGGUUUCUAUUAUGUUUGAUCCCUUCAUGUACCUAUCUCUACCGCUGCCCUCUACAAGCAUUAGGACAAUGACUCUGACGAUUAUAAGUACAGAUGGAAGUAUUCCGCCUGCCCCAUGUACAAUUUCUGUCCCAAAGUUUGGAAAGUUUGAAGAUCUUAUCCAGGCUCUAACUGCUUCGUGCUCUUUAGGAGAUGACGAGACUCUAUUGGUAGCGGAGGUAUAUAACAACCGCAUCUUAAGAUAUCUGGAGGAUCCAAGUGAUUCUUUAACUUUAAUCAGGGAUGGUGACCGACUUGUUGCUUAUCGGUUAAAGAAGGAUUUCAGCAGCAAUGGCCCUCUGGUUAUAUUUAUGCACCAGCAUGUGGAGGAAUUUGCUAAUGUCAGGCAGUUCAUCCAUGGGAAACAGACUUCAACGAUGAAGCCAUUUGGAAUUCCUCUUGUUGGGGAGGGCUCUGUCUCUUUCAAUGGAUCUGACAUCCAUAAAUUGUACUUGAAGUUGCUCGCUCCGUUUCAAAGGCCUACUGAUGGAAUUCCGGAUCAAAUUGCCGACUCUAAAAGUAUUACUCUUAGUGAGGAAUCGACUGAGCAUUAUCAAAAAGACAAUGACGAAGCGACUGAGAGGCAGGACAAUAGUGCUUGCUCUAGUGGAACUGCUCCAGAUGACUCCCCUUUGGAUGCUGAACUCGACUUUUAUUUGACGGACGAGAAGGGUUUUCUUAAGGACUCCAAGAUAGUUACGGAUGAGCAAGUGCCAAUUACUGGGGCUCCUAGGCGGUUCUUUGUGAUUGCUUGCUGGGCUGGGAAACAAAUGGAAAAACAGUAUGACACAUCGCGUCUCAGCACAUUACCAGAGGUUUUCAAAUCUGGAUCUUUUGCAAAGAGACCACAGGAAUCCGUUUCACUUUAUAGCUGCCUUGAAGCAUUUUUGAAGGAGGAACCUCUUGGCCCAGAAGACAUGUGGUACUGUCCUGGUUGCAAGGAGCAUCGUCAAGCCAGCAAAAAACUGGAUCUCUGGAGGCUACCAGAGAUCCUGGUAAUUCAUCUAAAAAGAUUUUCAUACACCCGGUACUUGAAGAACAAGCUAGAGACGUUUGUGGACUUUCCUACUGAUGAUCUUGAUUUGGCAACGUACAUUUCUUACAAGAACGGGCAAACAUCUCACCGCUAUGUUCUCUAUGCCAUCAGUAAUCACUUUGGAAGCAUGGGAGGUGGUCAUUACACCGCAUUUGUCCAUCAUGGGGGUGACCAGUGGUACGACUUCGACGAUAGCCACGUUCAUCCGGUGAGCCAGGACAAAAUCAAGACUUCAGCUGCUUAUGUUCUUUUCUACAGAAGAGUUGAAGUGUGAUGGAGAUUAAACUAAGGCCGAGAGCAACAUAGAGGCUAGUCUCAUCAUUAACAGUUUUUUUUCUCCUUCUCCUUCUUAGGACUACAGAUGGAAACCCAAUUCUUUGUUCUUACCAUUAAUUUUGACAGUCUUAUUGAACGGGGGAGGAUAUGUAACCUGAACUAGGUGCGCAGGAGAUGACUGUAUCAUAGGAUCAAGCAAAAGAGUAUACAUGAAAAGGGUUCGCUUUUCAGACUUCACAUACCUGUAGCCAACAUUAGUGGAAGAAAAAAGUUUUCUUAAGAAGUUGAUUUUAGAUCCUCUUUUAACUGUGGUUUAGUUGCCAAUUCUUUCUCUAGUGUUCAUGAGUUUCUAUACCUGUAAAACUCGUGAUCGAUCUCGAGUGCUAGAUAAUUCUGGACAUUGGUGGCUAGUCAGCUAUGUACCAUUUCAGAGAUUGCACUGGAACUUUAAUGUUAUACAGAACCAGAUCAGGGGGACAGAAGGAUUAUAUUAUUUGCCCAAAGUUCAUGGCCUUGUUUUCAGGUCAUUCAGCUGAAGUAGCCAAAGAUGAAUGAUUCUUUGGUCGUCUACUUCAGACCUUAAAAAUGGGUCAUGAAGCCUACCUUUUAAAUCACAUAUUGAUGAUCAU